UUUGAACAAUUUUAAGUAAGCGGCAUAUUCGAACAGGCUGCAUUACUUGCGAUUUUCUACUAAUUUCUCUCAAAUAACCGACGUAAGGUGUAAAAACGGACAUUUCUUCUUGUUUACGCUUUAUGUUGAUGUUAUGUUAUUCCGAGCUAUGAAGUGAUGUGUUUUUGUCACUUUCAUUCACCAUUUUACUAUUCUGUCUCAGACAUGUCUUCAAUUAAAAGAAAUCUCCUAUGAGAAUUUAUUGUUUCUGCCGUUUGCUUCAUAUAACCAUCACAAACAGUUUCAUACCUUAAAAAAUUUCCAAUACUUUCCUCAGAGAUAUUCGUAAUUUUAGCUUGUAUUUUAGUUCUUUCAGUUGUGAUCUAGAUCCAUUUUUAAUUACAAAACUUGGAGCCAUCUAAAUCCAUCUGUUAGUUUGGAGCCAUUUGCGAAGAAUUCUGCAACUUGUGGUUAUUUAGAAAAAAAGAUGUCUCCGGAGAAUAUGGAUAAUAUUUGCACUCAAGAUAAACUUGUUUCGACACAAAAAGUUAGUAAAGCAGCUCGUCGUCGUGAAAAACGAGCUGCUCUUCAACAUGCUCAACAGACAGCUGCUUUAAUGAAUAUACAAACAGAUAGAUCUAAUAGUCUUCGAUCUAUUGAAAUGAAAAAGUUAGAAAAAGAACUUUCAGCCCGUCACCUAUGUUUAUUUGAAGUUCCUUCAGAUGGAGAUUGCCUUUAUCAGUCAAUUGGGCAUCAAUUAAAAAUUCGGAAUUAUCCAUUACACACAUUAAUAGGAAAGAUUGAAAUGUCUAAUCCAGAAAUUCCUAAUGAUAUUACUACCGAUCUGACAAUGAAACAAGUAGUGAAAAUUUUGCGUCAUGUUGCAUCGUAUCACAUUCGCAAAAAUAUGGAUGAUUUCCUACCAUUUUUGUUCAACCCAGAUUCUGGAGAACCAAUGAGUAUAGCUAAUUUUGAACAAUAUUGUGACAAUAUAGAAAAAACAUCAACGUGGGGUGGACAAAUUGAAAUUCGUGCCUUAUCUACAAUGCUUCAACUUCCUAUCGAAAUAUUACAAGCUGAAGGAGUCCCAUUAAUUAUCGGAGAAGAGUUUUCUGAAGAGCCACCAAUCACUAUUGUAUACCACCGUUACGCGUUCGCCCUCGGUGAACACUACAAUUCCUGUUUAAAGAAGCACGAAUUUCAAUGAUGAUUCUUAAGAGAAGAAUGAUAAAGGACUUCCAUGUAAAUAAUAAUUACUUAACCAUUGUGUAUAUUAUAACUGUGCUAAUAUUAUUAUUUGAUCAAGAUUAGCAUUCGUUUUUCAAAGAGAAAGAGACUAAAAUGCAAUAUAGUUUCAUUGGGGUUCAAAAUUUAUUUUAUUCAGUAAUAACUCUCUUUACUGGAAUAAAAUACAACUCUGCGGAUUUCACUAUAUUUUGUAAAUGCUCUAAUUUUCGUUGAAAUUUGAGGAGUAUUUCAUUUGUUUUGUAUAUUUCUUGUAAACAAUAAUAUUUUAUAUAUUUGUGCUGCGA